GUGUACUUAAACGGUCUCGUGUCAGAUGAAGAAACAUUAGUCCGUGUGAAGCAUCGCCGAGAAGCAAGUGACUGUAUAGGGAACGCUACUAAUCUCUCAGCCCGUCGGUUACGUGUCAGAAGCACUGCAUCAUCAACAACCACGGAAGGGGAUGACGCAAGUGGUAGUGCAGGAGUGGAUGGAGCAGAUUCCGAAGAGGAGGACGAUGAUGGAUCGUGUCCUUCUCAUGAGAGCUUUGUUGACUUAAAAGAUUCUGUUCGCGAAUGCCUUGAAAAAGAGCCCAGUGAGCGAAAUGCCGAAGAUUUAGCGAUUUUACUGGACUUCAUGCAACAUAUGUCUUCAUUCGCUUCGCUUCCAAUGUCUAUAAAAAGGCAGUUGUGUCUGAAAAUGGUGUUCGCUGUGGUCAAUGAUGCCGGAACUAUUGUAAUGCAUCACAAUGAAAAGCUUGAUGCUUGGUCUGUUAUUGUGAACGGACUUGUCGAGGUUGUGAAGCCGAAUGGUGAAAGAGUGGAAUACAAGCUUGGAGAUUCGUUCGGCGCAGAACCAACUCCUGUUGUUCAGUACCAUAUCGGUGAGAUGCGCACGAUGGUUGAUGAUUGCGAAUUUGUGCUUAUUGAACAUAAGGAUUUUUGCUCAAUUAUGUCGACAAUUGGUGAACAUAUAGAAAAGGAUUGCGAUGGUCUUACUGGCGAAGUGGUGUCCGAAACGGAGCGAAGAGCUGUGGGAAGCCAAGUUGGUCUGGUUCUUAUUAAAGGGAAACCGGACAAACUGAUUCAGCAUCUUAUUGAUGAUCGCGACAACAGUAUUGAUCCUCAUUAUGUGGAUGAUUUUCUCCUUACCUACAGAGUUUUUAUUCACAAUCCAACAAUAAUAUUUGAAAAACUUAUGAUGUGGUUUGCUGAAGGUGCCUUAAGAGAUAAGAUUGCUCGUAUAGUCCUGUUAUGGGUAAAUAACCACUAUAACGAUUUCGAAACAAACGAUGAAAUGGCGAAACUUCUAGAAAGAUUUGAAGGCGCCUUGGAACGUGAUGGUAUGCACAGUCAACAGAGUUUACUCAAUAUAGCUUGUUCUGUGAAAUCAAGACCAAGAACGAUAGUUUACUCGAGAGCCAAUAAGGAUGAUCCUUUGCACUUUUCCGUGCAAGGAGGGAAAGAGAGUGGCUGCGGUAUCUUUGUUAGUGAAGUCCAAGCGGAUUCUCCAGCUGAGCGGUAUGGAUUGAAACGGGGCGAUGAGAUUUUAGACAUUAACGGACAGGCCAUGAAGUAUUUAACGUUAGCAAAAGCACAGGAGAUUAUUAGAGAUCAAACCUCGCUCACAGUUAAUUUGAAGAGCAACAUUCUUGGGUUCAAAGAGUUACUAGGAAAAACGGAACGAGACAGCGCUAAAGUAUCAUCCAAAAGCAAAACUCUAGUUGGAGUGUUAUCACAGAAUCGUGUUAACGUGCCUCAUGUUAUUCCAGUUAAAUCAACUAAAACGGUGAAAAUUGGAGUGAAUAAAACUAGCAUGAUGGACAAGUUAAUGACGAUAUUGAAGUCUUCUAAAGAUAUCGAAGACACCACUGAUGAGACCCAUAAAACGUCGUCCUAUCUACGACCUAGUAGGUCUAACCCUGAUAUUACUUCCCUAUCGCAGUAUUAUGAACCUAUUAAAUGCGAGUGCCCAGAACACGUUCUUAAAAUAUACAGGAGUGAUCAAACGUUCAAAUAUCUUGCCGUAUAUAAGGAAACAACGGCGCAGAAUGUUGUUCAGUUGGCGUUGCAGGAAUUUAACAUGACAGCUGAAGGUAGUCUAGAAUGGUCUUUAUGCGAAUGCACUGUCACUGAAGACGGCGUUAUAAAACAGCGACGUCUGCCACCGCAAAUUGAAAACUUGGCUGAGCGUAUUGCCCUAAAUAGCAGGUAUUACCUGAAGAACAACAAUCGCUCCGAACCUCUUGUUCCGGAUGAACUCGCGCCUGAAAUCAUUAAAGACUCCCAGGCACAGUUACUAGGACUCAAUGCUCAAGUUGUGGCAGCGCAACUUACUCUACAAGAUUUUGCUGUUUUUGCUUCAAUUGAACCCACUGAGUAUAUUGACAAUGUGUUUAAGUUGGAAUCAAGGUACGGCUCACCUCGUUUGGAGGAAUUCGAGCGGAUUUUCAAUCGUGAAAUGUGGUGGGUUGCAACUGAGGUGUGUUCUGAGCGGAAUAUCCAGAAGCGUGCGAAACUCAUCAAAAAGUUCAUUAAAAUCGCGAGGUACUGUCGAGAGUUGCGUAACUUCAACUCAAUGUUUGCUAUCAUGAGUGGUUUGGAUAAGCCAGCAGUUCGUCGACUACAUUCUACGUGGGAGAGAGUUCCUGGAAAGUACGUAAAAAUGCUGGAAGACAUUCAGCAGCUAGUAGAUCCUUCGCGGAACAUGUCUAAAUACCGUCAGCAUUUGGCCGAAGUUUCCCAAGAACCACCGGUUCAUAAUGCUUACACUUCAUCUCCUUCUUAUUGGGAAUGUGUUCAAGUUAUCGUUCAGGUAGUUCCAAUUUACCCAGUGAUCAAGAAAGACUUGACGUUCUCACAUGAAGGCAACCCAACUUAUUGCGGUAAGCUGGUGAACUUCGAGAAGCUGCGUAUUAUUGCGAAGUCAGUUCGAACAGUGACUAAGCUUAGCAGCGCCCCAUAUGAGAUAUCUAGUAUGGCAGAAAGGAGUGGUAGAACAAUCAGUGAUGCCUUGUUGCACAUGAACACUUUUGAAGGAGGAAAUGUCGCCACAAUGAGGAAAGGUGGCCGUGUUGUUCAACCAAGGAAAAGAGUUUAUGAACAAGCCCUAAUGGUUCGCAAAGUAAAGGCGUACUUGGAUAAUUUGCAAGUAGUGGACACAGAGGCAGAUUUGGACCGACUUAGACCUCGUGUACGUCGUGCUCCAAGUCCUUCUCCUUCCUCAUUGUCUUCACAAUCAGCAGAAUCGAUUUCCACGGAACAACGUCGCUUCAAGGGCGGUGGGAUGUUUGGUGUAGACUCUCCCCAUGCCGUUCAAAAAAUGCUUGGCCUGGUGCAAACUAGCAAAUCCAAAGGUUUUUGUCUGUUCAGUGAUUUAAAUGUUUUGGAAAUCUUGGUUUUGGGAGAGAUCUUAUUAAUUUGA